AUGCAAAACCCUCGCCCCUCCUACGCCCACCACCAGCUCCAGCAGCACCUCGCCUCCCUCCUCUCCGCCGCGGCCGGCGACCCCCCGCACCCCUCCGAUGACGCCUCCCGCGCCGGCGCCCUCUCCAGCCUCCGCCUCUCCCUCCUCCACCCGCCCAACCGCCCGCUCCUCCCCUCCCUCGCCCCCUUCCUCGCCCCGCCGCUCUCCGUGCUCCUCGCCGACGACGCGUCCUACGCCGUGCGGCGCGCCGCCGUGGCGGCCUACGCGGCGCUCAGCGCGGUGCUGUGCGCGCACGAGGCGCCCGGGGGCCUCCCUGACGGGUUCGUCGCCUGGGCGCUGCCGCUCCUGGGGGAGCCCGCCUCGGCCGCCCUCGUCGCCGAGGGGCUCAGGGAGCUCCUGGCCACCGGGGAUGCGCACGCCGUCGAGCGUUUCGUGCCACCACUCCUCGCCGCCUGCCGUGACGUGCUCGAGGAUGAGCGGACCUCGCUCGCUGUGCUCAGGUGCCUGCUCGGCCUGCUCACGCUCGUCGCCGCCAAGUUCCCCCACUGCUUCCGGCCGCAAUUCGUCGAUAUGGUUGACUUGCUCCUUGGGUGGGUGUUCGUCCCAGACCUUGCCGAAACCGAUUGCCGCACCAUCGUGGAUAGUUUCUCGCAGUUCCAGUGGCACUGGCUCGGUAAUCUGCAGUUCUCCCUUGGACUGUUGCCCAAGUUCUUGGCUGAUAUGGAGGUCCUUGUGCAUGAUCCCAACCUUGCGGCCAGCCAUAACUCUGGCCGGCUUCGUCCGCUCUUUGCUUGCUUCUCGACGGUGUUGCAGAUCAUGGCAUCUGGUGUGGCAGAGAGAAAUAAUCUGAGAGAACUUGUAGUAGGGCCACUUGAGGCGUUGGCUCCUCAGCUUUUAAGGUGUGCAUCAGUGAUAGCUUCCAAGAUUGGCUGGUCUGAGAGGAUGGAAGAAGCAUCCAGAUGUUUGGUCUUGCUCGCAGAGAUUCUGCAGGAAAGGUUCGCUGAGUUCUAUGCUAUGUUUGUGGAUGUGUUGACACAGAGUUUGGAUAAUGCGUCGUCACAACAGUUGGUGGUAGCACUUAAGACUAACCUGCAAGUGUUGUCACUUCAAAAUUUGGGGCUCCAUUCGGCUGCUGUGGAGCACUUGCUUGAAUUCAGCUCACUUUUAUCUCGGCUGCGUCUUCACCCAAGCCACAACGUGGUUGUAAAUUCAGCAUCCACUUAUCUUUUUUGUCUGCAGCAUGGAUUGGAAGAUGUAGCUGAGCAAGCAAUUGCAUCAUUGAUGAAAGAGUUGGAACUAUUGAAAUUUCUGCUUGAGAACAUGCAAGUAAGCUGCACUGGUAUCCAGAGUCACUCCUUAGAGAACAACACUCCAGUAGGGUAUUCAGAGCAUCAGUUGCUUUCUUUAAUGAAAUUCGAUUUGAAGAUUCUACUGGCCACUGUUUCAGCUGAUUCUGAAAAGAUCAACAGGAGAGUACCUAGGCUGACAUCAUUCAUUUCAGAGAAGCUUGACCCAUUUGGCACCCCGUUUCAUAAUUUCCUUGAGAUGCAGUUUCAGAUUUUCUCUACACUUCACAGACUGAGCAGUGUGGAACUGUCAAUUAAUAUUGAAACAUCUGAAGAAUUUGAAAGAGGCUCUGGUGAUUCAGGCAGUCAAACUCAGAUAAAUACUGAAUCAAGGAAGUCUUUUUGUGACUGUAAAAUGAAGUUCAUGCAUAAAUAUGGAAAACACAUAAUGCGUGGCCUUAGUGCAUCAUCAUCCAUGACACUGAAAUUAGACGCUUUAGAUUGGAUAGAUUCUUUCGCGAAACUGGUUCUUGCCAUGGAAAGGGAUCUGAACAAGACCAGUCUCUCUUAUGAGUUUGGGGAUGCUACCCUUCCGAAUACUAUUCUCUUCACUAUCUUGGAUUGCGCUUAUGAUAGGGAGACUAAAGUAAGAUGCCAUGUUGCGUUAUCCUUGGAAGCACUCUUUCUUGGUAGGCUCAUCAAUCCCAUGAGCUUCUCAGUUGUCUCACAGGUUCUUCUUGACAAGCUCAGUGAUCCAGACAAUGCUGUAAAAAAUGGAUUUCUGAGGUUAUUUUCAAUUGCUUUGCCUAUUACAACAUACACAUUUGGCUUCCUUGAGGAUGGAUAUAGUUAUCAGAAUUGCCUAGGUAUUUCUAACAUUACCAAGCACUGCAUGAGUUUGAGGCAUGUGCUUGCUGUGAAACAACAGCCUAGGAAACUUCACUGGCAGCAGCUUGUUUCUAUUCUGAGUUACCUUUCCCUCAGAUUGAAGUUGCCUCUUUCUUCUUGGGUUCAACGACUGGUCUUUAGUUACCGUGGCAAGAAAGAUAUGUUUUCUGGUCAAAUUGAUGUCUCUGGAGAUACUGAUUGGAAUGAAUUAUUCAAAGGGCCCGAUGUGGACAUAACUAUUAUUGACAGGAUAUAUUCAGUGAACAAUCUUGCUGCAGUUUGGUGGGGCAUCCAUGAAGCUGCUCGGCACUGCAUAAACCUUCGGCUUCGAACUCAUCUUGGUGGCCCCACACAGACAUUUGCUGCUUUAGAACGCAUGCUUUUGGAUGUACCAAAUUUAUUGGCACUGGAAACUAACGAAGGUGAAGGCAGGUAUAUAGGACCAUCUGACAUAUCCCUAUUGCCUAUGCGCCUGCUAUUGGAUUUUGUUGAGGCAUUAAAGAAAUAUGUUUAUAAUGCGUAUGAAGGUUCCUUUGUUCUACCAGCCCCUCCAAAGGCAAGUUCCUUGUUUUUCCGAGCGAACAAACGAGUCUGUGAAGAGUGGUUUUCUCGAAUCUGUGAUCCAAUGCUGAAGGCAGGACUAGCUUUGCAGUGCAGCGAUGCAGUCAUUCAGUACUGCUCAUCUCGGUUACUAGAUCUCAGAAACAUUGCUGCAUCAUCCCUCAAGGACAACAGCCGCAUGGGAGGAGCUACUGAAAGUAAUCAUGCUUUUAGAGAGAGGUUAGAAAUGGAUAUUCUGAAGGUUUUGCGACAUGCUUCUCUGGCAUUGUGCAGGUGUCAUGAAACAGAUGCCUUAGUUGGACUCCAGAGGUGGGCUGUGUCAACAUUCUACACAUACUUUGAGCAGGAAAAGCAACUAACACGGGGUGCAUCUGAUACCCACAAGCACUUUUCCUGGAUGUCAGGACUCAUCUAUCAAUCCCAGGGGCAGUAUGAAAAGGCUGCUGCACAUUAUUCUCAUCUCUUGCAGUCCGAGGAAGCCCUUACCUCCAUGGAUUCUGAUGUCAUCCAGUACAUCAUAGCACGUGUUAUUGAGUGCUACACAGCUCUGUCUGACUGGAAAUGCUUGGAGGGUUGGCUUGCAGAGUUACAAGAGCUCCGUGCUGUACAUGCUGGCAAACCUUAUUCAGGUGCUUUAACGAGUGCUGGCAAUGAGCUUAAUGCUAUUCAUGCAAUGGCAUGCUUUGAUGAGGGUGACUUCCAUUCAGCUUGGAGUUAUCUUGAUUUGACUCCUAAAAGCAGCAGCGAGCUUACCCUCGAUCCCAAGGUUGCAGUUGAGAGAAGUGAAUUAAUGCUCCUGCGUGGAAUGCUUCAAUCUGACAGCAAGCCUGACAAGGCAAGAGAGGAUCUUGAUAAGGCUAAAUUGAUGUUGGAUGAAGCACUCUCUGUGGCCCCUCUCAAUGGAUUGACUGAUGCUGCAGCAUGUGCUGGCCAGCUUCAUUGCAUCUUUGCAUUUGAAGAGGCCACUGGGUUGACGUGCCAAGAUGGACCUAAUCAACCACCAGUGCUCAUGGAUUAUUUACUGAGACUAUUGCAGGAUCCUAUUGACAGGAUCCAUCAAGAUUGCAGCAUGUGGCUGAAGGUCUUUAAAGUGUAUCGUACUGCACAUCCAUCUUCAUUACCCACUCUUCUUCUAUGUCGCAAGCUUGCUAGUCUUGCUAGAAAGCAGACCAACUUUAUGUUAGCUGGCCGCUUAAACCAGUACCUCAUAAACCAUCCUUUGGAAUCAUCUGAUGAGACGGACAAGGGAAUGCUUACUUUGAACAUUAAGUAUGAAGGUGCCUUGCUGAAGCAUUGCGAAGGAAACAAUGAGGAGGCUUUAACUGAUCUGUGGUCACUGGUUCGUGCUAAUAUUCUUUCUUCAGUUAGUGAUUCAUCUGGUAUUGGCGAUUCACUUAUUGCUAAGGCGUGUCUGAAACUCUCGACCUGGAUGGAGGAGAGUUCAACUUCCACUCUGAAUAUGAUCGUUCCAAAGGUGGUAAAAGAUUUUAGUGAUUUUGAUGGCUUUCAAAAUGGGUCAGAGAAACUUUUGUCUGGUGACAGUGGGUUAGUUUGUACUGCAAACUGUCAUGUGCUUGCCCAAGAAAUCAUAGGCAGUGCUCGAAAGAUAUCCUGGCAACUUUGUCCCAGUAUGGGCAAGGCGUGGCUUUCUUAUGCAUCUUGGUGCUUUACUCAUGCCAAUCACUCUCUGUCUGGAUCCGAUUCAAAUGUGCAGAACAGUUUGUCCUCCAUUCUCCAAUCUGAACUUUCUCCAGACAGAUUUCACUUGACAGAUAAUGAGAAGUCUGAGGUGGAGCAAACAAUAAGAAGUUUCUAUGCUGAUAAAUCUGCAAAUUGUGUCGAUCACAAUUCCUUAGCGACAACAGGGUCUAGCAACAAUUCUGAGCAGGAGUAUCCCAUGACCAUGAUAAUUGAACAGGCAACUCAACUGUUAGAAACUGCAGCCGGAGCACCAGGUUUUGAGGCCAGUGAUGGUGAAGGUGCCUAUGCACUGCUAUCAUCAGGGCUUAACGUUCUCUUUGGUAAAUGCGAUUCUACAAUGGACAGUGCUAUGCCUUUGAUUAAUAAUCUCACUGAAAUUUGGUGGUCUUUAAGGAAAAGGAGGGUAUCACUCUUUGGGCAUGCUGCAACUGCUUAUUUUCAGUACCUUUCUCAUUCAUCAAGUGAGCUUCAACCUUCAUAUCAGCGUGAUGCCUUAAAAGGGAAAACUAGGGGCUACACUUUGAGAGCAUUGUUGUAUCUCCUCCAUAUAAUUUUGAACUAUGGGGUGGAGCUGAAGGAAACACUUGAAAGUGGGCUUUCAACAGUUCCUUUGUUGCCAUGGCAGGAGAUUAUACCACAACUUUUUGCUCGCUUGAGUUCCCACCCAGAGAAGAUAGUAAGGAAACAGUUGGAGAGCAUAUUGGUGAAGCUAGGGAAACUUUCUCCUUAUUCUAUAGUAUAUCCUACAUUAGUUGAUAUCAAUGCCUGUGAAGGAGAACCUUCUGAGGAGCUUCAGCGAAUAUUGAACUUUCUGGUUAAGCUGUACCCCAAAUUAAUUAAGGAUGUUAAGCUUGUAAUUGAUGAGCUAGGAAUGAUAACCGUUCUGUGGGAGGAACAAUGGCUGAGUACCUUACAAGAUCUCCAUUCAGAUGUCUUAAGGAGAAUCAAUAUACUUAAGGAGGAAGCUGCAAGGGUUGCUGCAAAUUCUACACUGACUUCAGCUGAAAAGAACAAGAUCAAUGCUGCAAAAUAUUCUGCUAUUAUGACUCCAAUUGUUGUAGCCUUGGAACGUCGUUUAGCGUCCACAUCUCGUGAACCAAGAACACCCCAUGAGACGUGGUUCCAUAAGGAAUAUAACGCUCAGCUGAGAUCUGCAAUCACAAGCCUUAAGGUGCCCCCUGGAUCUCCAGCAGCAUUAGGAGAGAUUUGGCGGCCUUUUGAUUCAAUUGCAGCUUCUUUAGUCAGUCAUCAAAGAAAGUCAUGCGUAUUGUUAAGUGAAAUUGCUCCACAGCUAGCAACUUUGUCAACCUCUGACAUUCCAAUGCCUGGUUUUGAGAAGCAGAUACUUGAUUCCUCAGAAUCUUUUUUUGCUGGAAAUCAUGGCACGGUUACAGUCUCUUCUUUCUGCAAAGAAGUUACAAUACUUUCUACAAAGACAAGACCUAAGAAGCUCGCCUUGCAAGGAUCAGACGGACAGAAGUAUAUUUAUCUUCUCAAGGGACGGGAGGAUCUACGUCUUGAUUCUCGGAUCAUGCAGCUUCUGGAGGCGAUAAAUAGCUUCUUGCAUUCAUCUUCUGACACUCGAAGUCGAAAUAUUGCAAUUCGAUUUUAUUCUGUUACACCAAUUAGUGGACGAGCUGGGCUAAUCCAGUGGGUAGAAAAUGUAAGCAGCAUAUACAAUGUGUACAAGUCAUGGCAAAAACGUACUCAGGUGGCACAGGCACAGGCACAGCUUUCUUCAGUUAGCACUGGUAACAUUCACAACUCAGUACCUCAUGUUCCCCGUCCGAGUGAUAUGUUCUAUGGAAAAAUAAUACCAGCACUGAAAGAAAAAGGGAUCAAAAGAGUAAUCUCACGAAGAGAUUGGCCACUAGACGUUAAGAAAAAAGUUCUGUUGGAGCUUAUGAAGGAGACUCCAAAGCAGAUUUUGUGGCAAGAAAUGUGGUGUUCAAGUGAGGGCUUCAAAAACUUCAACUCCAAAGUAAAGAGAUUCUCUAGCAGUCUAGCGGCUAUGAGCAUGGUUGGCCAUAUCCUGGGCCUUGGAGAUAGGCAUUUAGACAAUAUCCUUAUGGACUUUAGCAAUGGUGAUGUGGUUCACAUAGAUUACAAUAUAUGCUUUGAUAAAGGGAAAAGGUUGAAGAUUCCAGAAAUCGUUCCAUUCCGUCUUACUCAAACUAUUGAAUCAGCCUUGGGAUUGUCUGGAGUUGAAGGUGUCUUUAGAGCUACCUGUGAGGCAGUUAUGGGUGCCCUCUUGAAGAACAAAGAUAUCAUCUUAAUGUUAAUGGAAGUAUUUGUUUGGGACCCAUUGAUUGAGUGGACACGCGGAAAUAUGCAAGAUGAAGCUGGAAUAGCUGGUGAAGAGAAGAAAGGAAUGGAAUUAGCAGUUAGUUUAAGCUUGUUCUCUUCUAGGAUUCAAGAAAGUCGUGUUCCGUUGCAGGAGCAUCAGGAUCUUUUCGUGACUAACUUGCCAGCUACAGUAUCUGUUCUAAAGACAUUCUUGGAUACUCUAGAUCAGUAUGAGGUUAAGUCUGCUAUAUUUUAUCAUGCUGAGAAAGAGAGGUCCAGUGCUUUACAUAAUGAAACGUCAGCAAAGUCAAUCCUUGCCGAGGCCACUUCAGUUGCUGAAAAAUCCCGCACUUCUUUUGAGCUUCAUGCUCAUGAAUUAGCAGAAGCGAAAACAUCGACAGUUGACGAAGCUAACACGCUUGCAAUAUGGGUGGAAAAACAUGGAAGGGUUCUUGAGGCCAUACGGGACAAUUCGAUUACAGGUUCGGAACUAUUAAUGAAACUAGACAGCAAGGAUGAGGCCUUGAGCCUUAUUUCAGCUGUCCUUGUAUCUGGGGUCCCCCUUACGGUUGUACCAGAGCCAACUAGAGAACAUUGCUAUGAGUUGGAUAGGGAGGUCUCUGAACUAAUUACUGAGUUGCAUGAUGGGCGGUCCUCUGCUUUACAGGCACUUGGUGAGUAUGCUUUAAUCUUGCAGCAAGUUCUUCCAGUUAACUACAUCACAACCAGUCCAAUUACUGGUUGGGCACAAGCUUUGCAGCUAUCUGUAACCAGUGCAUCACAAGACAUGCUUGCUCUUGCCAAAAGGCAGGCUGCAGAAGUCAUUGCUAAGGUUCAGGGCGAAGGUAGUAAUCUAGUACAGCAAAGAUACCGGGAUCUCUUAAAUCAAAUGGAAAGUUAUGUUGCAUGUGUGGAAAGAAUUAUGAGGGAAUGUUCUGAAUUGAUGAGUUCUGUUGGAUCGGAUAACGAAGCACAGUCUAAAGAUCGGAUACUUUCUGCAUUCAUAAACUCUGUUCAAUUGUCAUCACAAAAGAAUGAUGAGGAUACCGUUCCUUCUUCGCUGGCAGAUAAUUUGGAGGUCAAACCUCCAGCCCAGGAGGAUGUAAAAGAGAAAGCAAGUAAGGUUCUAUCUGUUCUUGGGAUCGCUGUGAGUCAGUUAUACAGUGGCAUUAGAGUCAGAGUGUCUGAACUCUCAACUAAAGCUGUUGGGAUAACUAAGUUUAGGACAGAUGAAGCUGGUCUUCAAGCUGAUGCUGGAAUGAGUCUGCAAUUGUUUGAUCAGCAGAUCGAAAAAUGUGCAUUACUUUCUGGAUUUGUGAAGGAAGUGCAUGAAGUGAUGGGGACAAAAUUAGGUGAAAUAAACGCUGAUUAUCUGAAGCAUCGGCCUGGACAAUGGGCUUAUACGUUUCAGGCCAUUUUGCACUCAAGUACCAACAUGAUUGAGCAAAUGACCGAAGUUUUUCUUCCAGAAAUUAUUAGAUCGUUUGUCUCGUACAAUUCGGAGGUAAUGGAAGCCUUUGGUUCAAUUUCUCGGAUACGUGGUUCUGUUGACACAGCUCUAGAGAAGUUGGCUGAGGUAGAACUUGAGAGAACAUCACUGACUGAACUGGAACAGAGCUACUUUGUGGAAGUUGGCCGAAUCACUGAGCAGCAAGUAGCUCUUGAAGAAGCUGCCAUGAGGGGUAGAGACCAUCUAUCCUGGGAAGAAGCAGAGGAACUAGCUUCACAGGAGGAAGCCUGUAGAGCACAGUUGGAACAACUGCAGAAAACUUGGAGCCAGAAAGAUAUGAGAAUUUCAUCAGUUUUGAAAGUAGAAGCCAGUGUCAUGAAUUCUUUACAUUCUUCUGAAAAGUACUUCUCAUCUUUGGUGAGUGCUGAUCAGGAAAAUGAAUUUCAUUUCAGAAGCAAGGCUCUGCUUUCAAUCUUGACAAAGCCCUUCGCUGACCUGGAAUCUCUUGAUCAUAUGCUAUCAUCUCGUGGCGCCUUCCCUUCCCACAUGAGCGGACCAGUUUCUAAUCUAAGAGAAGUUUUGGCUGCCAGUUCUUCAUUAUCUGAUGUUGUGUGGCCUUUAUCUGGCUUAUUGAAGGAUCAUGCUUUUUUUGUUUGGAAGCUCGGUUUGCUUGAUUCAAUUCUUGACUUGUGCAUGCAUGAGAUUUCAUCUUCUGUUGAGCACAGUUGUACUACCAACCAGCUUUACAUUACUCUCAAGAAGAAGCUUGCGAUCCAUGUGGAAAAUCAAGUUGGUCAAUAUAUUCUGAAAAGGAUUGCUCCUGCACUGAUCCUACAUUUAGACAAAGAAAUUUGUGAUUUGCUAGAAACGAGUCAAGGAAGAAGAGAAUCAGGUCAACCUACUGCGGCUGCAGGAAGGGUUGCAUUAAUGCUUGAGGAGUACUGUAAUGCUCAUGAGACAGCUAGAGCUGCCCGGACUGCAGUUUCUCUAAAGCAAAGGCAAUUAAAUGACCUCACUGAGGCUUUACGUAAAAUAAUUUUGGAAAUAGUUCAGGUUGAAUGGCUGCAUGAUUUUUCAUCGCCUCAUGCACAGAAGGCCAAGAUUUUCUCACAAAAUAUUCUUGGUGAUGAUAAGUUCAUGUCCGUGCUUUUAAAUCUGAGCAGAAGGAACUUGUUAGAUAAGAUCCAGUCUUCGAUGUCAUUGAUAACAAGAUCAAUUGAGUGUCUGCAAGCUUGUGAAAGCACUUCUGUUUCAGCUGAAGGCCAACUUGAGAGAGCAAUGGGAUGGGCCUGUGCCGGUCCAAAUACUUCUGGAGCAGGCAGUUCAACUGCAAAGGGUUCAGGAAUCCCCCCCGAGUUUCAUGAUCAUCUAUCGAAAAGGAGGAAAUUGCUUGGGGGCAUUCAAGAACAGGCAUCUGACCUUGUUAAGUCUUGCACAUCCGUUUUAGAGUUUGAAGCAUCUAGAGAUGGGCUUUACUUUGUUUCUGAGGAUAAAUCUUCUGGACAAUCUACUGAUAAGGGCAGGGCCUGGCAGCAAACUUUCGUGAAUCUACUGACACGUUUAGAUGCAGCAUACAAUUCCUUUACAUGUGCAGAACAAGACUGGAAACGUGGCCAGCUCAACAUGGAAACUGCUGGAAAAGGCUUGUAUUCAGCUACCAAUCAACUUUCUGUAGUCUCUGUCAAGGCAAAAUCUGCUUUAGUUGAUCUGCAGGAUACUCUGGUAGACAUGUAUGAACGUGCUUGCGAAGUCAGUGUAUCAUUAUCUGGAUUCAAACAUAUUUCACAGGAACGCACUGCCUUGACUGCUGAAUGUGGCUCCUUGCUCGAGGAGGUUUUGGCUAUAGCAGAGGGGUUGCAUGAUGUCUACACUUUGGGAAAGGAAGCUGCUGCAUUGCACAGUUCCCUUACGGCAAAUAUUUCCAAGGCAAAUACGAUCUUACUUCCACUUGAAGCUUUGUUGUCUGCUGAUGUGGCUGUUAUGUCUGAAGCGAUCUCAAAGGAAAGAGAGAAGAAUAACACCAGUAUGCCUCUUAGUCAUGGAAAGGCAUUAUACCAAUCUUACAUCACUAGAGUAAGGGAAGCUUGCAAAAACAUAGAGCCUGUGGUGCCCCUAUUAACUGAAUACGUGAAGGAGCUGCACUCCAUGGUGAUUAAGCUUGGACGCCUUUCAAGUCUUCAUGCAGGGAAUCUUCAUAAGGCUUUAGAAGUUCUUGAAGAAAGUGAAACUGGGAGAUCACAGGAUAUGCCCUCUGCACGUCCAGAUCUUCUGCAAAGUGAUUCGUCAGUUGAGAAGGAUAAAAGCUCUUCUGGGAGCAGGGAAGGUGUCUCUCAGGAUUUGAUUAUUGAUACUGAUGGUUCUCUACAAGAUGAAUGUUGGAUUUCUCCACCAGAGCACUCAUAUACUAGCAGUUCAGGAUGUACAACAUUGUUGACCCAGCUUACUCCUGAGAAUUUGGAGAAAAUAGAUGCCCUUUUGGACAGCGGGCCUGGAAUAGAGGGUCCUGCUGCUAAUAGUCAGCAAUCAAGAGAUGGUAGAACUGAUUCAGGAUCAGACUCAAGUAGCAAUAAGCAGGUGUUUUCAAACAAUGUCACACAAGCUAGCAAUAUUCAUGUGGCUGGAACUUCUUUUGCGGAGGAGGGAAGAAUUGAAACUGAGGAUAACACUGGAACCUUCAAACAGGUUAGAGGACAAGAAUGUGACAGCAGUGACAAUAAAUCCUAUUCAGAUACUCGAAUGACCAGAGGUAAAAAUCCUUUUGCUCUGUCUAUCCUGAAGCAAGUGGAACAUAAGUUACAUGGACGAGAUAUAGAUGGUACCAGGUCCUUGAAAAUUUCAGAGCAAGUAGACUAUCUUCUUAAGCAGGCAACAAGCAUCGACAAUUUGUGUAAUAUGUACGAGGGUUGGACACCUUGGAUAUGAUUCAAAUUUCACCGAUACAACUUUCAUCAAUGUAUGCUGUCCAGAGUUUCGGGCAGAAGACAUUUCAUGGCAAAAGCAGGAUAGCAUGUCAAGCAAUUGUAUGGUUGCUAUGAAUGAUGGCGAGCCAAGUUAAAGAGCUCUACAGGUGUCAUUUAUAAGACAGUGUGGCUCAACUUCCCUGCAGCAUGUGGCAUGAACGGCUACGGAUGCUUCCAAUCAGAGGAGGGGCACCACUUCGGUACUGUUGGCCUCUGCAUCUACAAUGUUACGUUGCCAUUCACAUGCAUUCUGGGAUCCAGACAAUGACAUUGUGGAAUGCUGAAGCUUAGCAUGAUAUGAACGGAAAUACCCAAAGCAUUCGCAAUUUGCAUGGACACGCGGCGCGCUCACCCACGGGGAUUCGAAAUUGGUAAAGCUGUCAAAUGUACAUAAUAUGUUCCCUGUACAUCUGAUAUUUUGGAAGCUCCUUUCCAUGAUCCAACUAGCAUAUUGGAAAGCGUAGGCGCUGGAUAUGCAACUGUGAAAAUGCCGUUUGUAUUCCACGACUCCUCGUGGAUCAUCAGGUGUAAAUAGAAAUGUUCAGUGUAGAUCCAUGAUCACAGUAUAUUGAUCGGAGUUAAAUGCGAGUGCAGAGCUAUUCCACAUGCUAGUAAUGGGAACGUAUCCGUUAUCUCCCAGA